AUGAAUCUGGUCCAAAACCAGCCGCCGACCGCGAACACCCAACCAUCACUUCAUUUCCGUUCCCGACCGCUCGCCCGUCCGCCGCAGCUCCACCCCGCAGAUCCGCCACGCCCGGCUCCGCCCGCCACCGCCCCGCCCGCCACCGUCGCCCCGCAGCUCCGCCACCGCUCCGCCCGCCACCGCCCUGGCCGCACGCCGCUCCACUGCUCUCGGAUGGUGCCGAAGGGCAAGUCGGGCUUCUUCGGCGUGAGGCAGAAGCCCUCCGACAACUGGGGUGUGGAGAUCCCCGACGCCGGAAGGCGUUGGUGGAUCGGCACGUACCCCUCCGCCCACGAGGCCGCGCGUGCCUAUGACGUGGCGGUGUGGCGUGCCGAGAGGCCUCGGUCGCACCUCAACUUUCCAGAGAUCGAGAGUCGGGCGGAAGCGGAGAUGCUUGUGCCGCAGGGCAUCAACAUGAAGGAGAUCACGACGAAGAAGAAGAAGACGAAGAAGCCGUCGGUUGUCGUUAGUGCUGGCGAGACCGAUGAGGAGGCGAUGGCGAGGUUUGCUUGGGAGCAUCCGGAGUACGUCCAGGCCGAGAUGGAGUACUACUGGAAGCGUGAGGCAGAGCAGAAGAAGAAGGGGUCGAAGAAGGAGGAUGAGGCCGGUCCCUCGACGGUGAUCCCCAUCGAGUCCUAUUCCGAGGAGGAUUGGGCAGACUUCUCGGAGGAGGAGGAGGAGGGGUGCGACGACCCGACGAAGGAGGAGUUCUGGGAGCAGUUCCGUAGCUCCGAUGAGGAGUAG